AUGGCGGCUGCGGGUGUCGACGUCGGCUAUGUCGCCGGCCACCUAGGCUUUGACGAACCUGUGUUGACGACACUGACGACCGAGCCGACGGCAGAACUGGUGGUGACGCUGCUGCAAGCUAUUGCCGCCAAGGCUCGCGAAUUUGACACACUGUACGCAGACAAGCUCCAAGUCGACAUUGAGUUGGAAAAUGUGGUUAGAAGCUCCGAAAGCAGAUCGCAAGCUUCAAAGUCCACUACAGACAAGGCACUGAAGGAUGUUGAAGAGGCCAGGCAGAAACUAAAGGAGGAAGAGACGAAGCGACAAUCCUUGGAGAACGAAUUGCAGGUUCUCAAGGCCAAGACUUCUGAUCACGCCGCGGAAGUGAAGACUCUCACCGACAAGAUUGAGGUUUUGCAGUCAUCGAAUCGGACGAACCUCAGCAUUAUCGAGUCACACAACAAACGCGAUGAAACCAUCACCGAGGAACUCACAAAGCAACAUCAACGCAACGUCGAACUUUCUCAAGAAGUAACAGCUCUCCAACAGUCGGAACAAACUGCCAAGGGUCUACUCAACAGCGCCAAAUAUCGUGAGGAAUCGUUGAAGCAACAACUGGAGCUAGCUCGCCGUAACACCGAAUGGCUAGAGGCGGAGCUGAAGACGAAGAGCGAAGAGUCUCUGAAAUACAGAAAGGAAAAGGGCGCCCGCAUUGCCGAGCUGCAGCGCGAAAGCGAAGAUGCCAAGUCACAAGUCGACGCGCUCAAGCGAUCCGAGCAGAAGCUUCGCGAACGCCUCGAUGCCAUGCAGGCCAAGGCGGACGAGGCCCUUGUAAAGCUACAGAAGCAAGAAGGCGCCUUUGCCACCACCAUUGAAAGCUACAAGCAAGAACUCGAGGAUCAGAGGCGGCUAGUCGACAUGUCUGACCAGCUGAGCAAGAAACAUUCGGAACGCGUGCGAGACCUCGAGGCCGAGAAGGAGCGCCUAAGAGACAAUUACGAAAAUGAACUUCGAAGGGUUCGUAUGGAGCUGGAACAAGAACGACAGAACGUGACAGAGAUGGAGGAGAGAAUCAGUCAGCUCGAAAGCGAACUUGACGAAGCCCAAGCUCGUGUGGAACAAGGCCUUCCAUCGGGUUCGGCGCCCCAAACACCACGCCCGAACGGCUCGUUUGCGGGUCGCGCAGCUUCACCAUUCGGCACCACCCCUGCCUCUAUUCGCAAGUCGGCUAUGACCGCAACCCAAGCCAUUGACCAGUUGUAUCAGGUCAAGGGGCUGCUGGCCAGCGAGAAGAGAAGAAACCACCAACUUGCGGAAGAGCUUGACGAAAUGAUGACAGCUCUUGAAGCCAAGGCACCAGAGAUCCAAGAGCUGCAGGCCGAGUCCGAUACGCUACGCAGCGAAAUUGCACGCAUGUCCGAACUAUCUCAGCAAAGCUUUGAAGAGCGAAAUCUUGCAAGAAAAGCAGCUCGCAAGGCGGAAAGCGCGCUGGCGACCGCUCAAUCUGAGACGAAAAUCCUGCGCACACAACUUCGGGAUUUGGGAACUCAGAUUCAGAUGCUCGUUUUCAAUAUCUAUGCCAUCGAAAAGGGCACGGAUCAACUGACCGAGGAAGAGAAGUACCGCCUGCAGCAGCUGGAGAGGGGAGAGAUUACAGAAGAGGCUCUUUCCGAUCUCUCUGACACCCAUCAAUUCAUCACCCAGAAGCUGGUGGUUUUCAAAGACAUCAAGACGUUGCAACAGAAGAACGAAGACUUGAUGCGUAUCACCCGUGAACUUGCUGAGCAGCUUGAGAGUGAAGAAGCUCUCGCCGCAAAACAUCAAGCCAAGGAGGAUCAUGAUCGUGUUGAGAAGCUGCAGCGCGAGCUUGAGCACAUGACUGAGGAGAGUCGAUCAAUCAAAAAUACAAUGGAGAGUUACAAGACGGAGCGAGACAUGUUCCGACGAAUCCUUCAUCAGCGCGGCGCCGGUGUCGACGAGGCUUCUAUGAUGCGUAGCUCUCUGGAUGGUAGCCAGCGUGCACCACUCGCUAGCAUCGAGGGCAGCGAACAGGCCGAGUCCCUCAGCGAAGCUCUGCGAAAAUUGCAAUCAGAGUACGACAGCUUUAGAGAUGCUCAAGACAGUGUUCGCAAAGACUUGCGAACCCAAAUUGAUCAUUUGUCUGCGGAGAAGAAUUCACUUCAAACGGAACGCGUCAAGUUGCAGGGCGAGGCGAGAUUAGAGUCCGAACGACGAGAGAUGCUGCAGAGCAACUACAUCGCCUUGCAGUCCGAAAACUCUGAACUUCAAAAGCGGGUGCAGGCCUUGUCGGAGACUGCGGCAAAACAGGACAUUCGCACGCAGCAGGUAGCCGAGGAACUCAUCGGGACCAAGGGCCUAUUGGAUAGCAUGAGAAACGAAACUGCCAACUUGAAAGCCGAGAAAACUCUUUGGAAGGACAUACAGGAUCGCAUGAGCAAGGACAAUGAGAACCUGAUCGAGGAAAAGAAUCGACUGAACCAUCUUCUUGCCACCCAACAGUCCUUGGAGAAUGAGCGCAACAUGUCCGAGUCUGAGGCCAGACGAAAGGCGCAGGCCAAGAUCGAGGCCCUGGAACGCGAGUUGUCGGAUGCCCGGAGAAGGCUCUCCAGCGAGGCAGAGGACAGCAAGAAGCUGCAGCUCCGAAAGGAAUUCGAAGCGAAAGAGGCGCAGAAGAGAAUCGACGAGCUCAUGGCAAGCCUGGGCCAGAUUCGCGAGGAACAUGUCGGCGUCAAGACAACUCGAGACCAUUUGCAGGCUCGAGUCGGUGAGCUGACUGUUGAACUGCGAAAUGCCGAAGAACGUGUCGGUCGCCUGCAACCUCGACCAACUCCCCGACCUGGAUUGAAUGAUGGAAACCAGCGACAACAGGAGCUCGAGGCAGAGCUUCACGACCUGAACAACGACAUCUCCGACCUCAGGCGGGAUCUUGACUUGGCCAAUACCCACCUCGAGAAUGCAAAGGCGCAGGCGGAACAAUACAAGGAGCUCAGUCAGGCGAAUGAGGAAUUGCUCGCAGACUUGCGCGAUUCUCAAGAACAGUACAGACAAGAGAUGGAAGCCAUGAUUGAGGACAAGGAUAAGAAAAUCAAGGAGCUCAGCCAACGGAUUGAGGACAUGUCCGAGGAGCUGUCCCGCUCAAACACGGAGCUUUCGCAGUUGCGCGACUCCCAAGGUGAUAUUGCUCGGAAGUAUGAGGACGAAAAAACCAUACUUGAAGAUGAGCUGAAGCGUUUGAGGGAGGAGAGUGCCAGACAUGCCGAGGCCACUCGAUAUCAUCAGCAAGAUUUAAGAGCCCAGGCUGAGAUCGCUUCCAAGGCACAGCAAGACUACGAGAAGGAGUUGGUCAAGCAUGCCGAAGCCGCUCAGCUCGUGCAGCAAUUGCGCACUGACUAUAAUGAGCUCAAGAGCGAGUCAGCCUCUCUACGAGCAGAAGCAGAGUCGGCCAAGGUUGCCCUGGCGCAAAGCGAGAGCUCUUGGGAGGAUCGCCGACAGCAGCUCGAACAGGAAAUGGCCGAGUUGGCAACUCGACGUGAGGAUGUCAAUGCUCAAAACAAACUCCUACAUCAACAGCUUGAGAGUCUAACUGCACAAGUUGCUGCAUUGCAGCAGAGGAGAUCAAACGACAAUGAGGAGGGAGAUGAAGGCAUGUCGCCCGUACAUGUCGGUGAUGCCUCGGAGGGGCUGAGGGAACUCAACAACUACUUGCGCCGCGAGAAGGAUAUUCUCGAAGUCCAGUAUGAUUUAAAGACACAAGAAUCCAAGCGCCUGCAGCAACAAGUCGAUUACGUACAGUCCCAGCUAGACGAGGCUCGCCUGAAACUUGAUCAGGAGCGCACGCAAUCAGCACAAAGCGGUCGUACAUCAAUGACGCACCAAGACUUGAUGGAAAAACUCCACGAGCUCAAUUUGUACCGUGAAAGCAGUGCUGCUCUCCGCAACGAGAACGCCCGACUGAAGGAUCAGAUGGCCGAGAAGAACAGGAGGAUCGAAGAAAUGGAGGGCAGGGUCCACCCACUCGAAGUUGAGAUUGACAAUCUCAAGAUGCAGAAAUCGUACCUUGAGGAGGAGAUCAAGCAGAUUCAGGAGGACCGUGACCGCUGGCAAAAGCGGACUGAAAGCAUCCUUACCAAGUACGACCGUGCUGACCCAGCUGAAAUGGCGCAGCUCAAGAAAUCCAUCAUUGACCUCGAGGCUGAGCGAGACGGCCUCAAGCAAGGCGAGCAACCACUUCGGGAGAAGAUUACCGAACUCGAGUCAACGCUGGAGAGCGAACGCCAAGCGUGGCAAACAACUCGCGGAAAGCUUACUGAGCAAUUCAAAGAGCGGUCUAGAAAGCUCACUGGUGAGAAGAAUGAGGCCGCUCAGCGUGCCAACCACCUCCAGGAGCAACUUGAAAAGGCAAACGGCGACCUUCAAGGCGCCCAGCAACUCGUCGAGGAUGCCGGAAAAGAGAAGUCGGAACUGGAGAAGCAGGUUCAAUCUUUCAAACAGCAAGUGGAGGAGCUUCUCCGAGAAGCCCAACAGCAUCAGGCUGGGCAACAGCCUCCGGCCACUACUCCCAACGUUCAACCUGGUGAUGCGACGGCAUCCGCUGAAGUUGUCAGCCAGUUGGAGCAACAGUUGGCCGACGCCCGCAAGGAACUGGAAGCGGUAAAUACCCAAAAACUCGGUGCAGAGCAACAGCUUGAGCAACUUCGCGCAGAGCUGCAAGAAGCCAUCGCUGAACGUGACGCGGCGACCCUGAAGUUACAGAACGAAGCCGCCGUUCAGGCCAAUGGCAUCACUAGUCAUGAUGUUGCUCAAGCAGCAAACGGCGACGGCGCAACCACUGGCCUACCUGAUGAGGAGCGAAAGGCAUUGGAAGAGAAGGUGGCUGCUGCCGAGUCCAAGGCUGGCGAGCUUGAACAGAAGGCCCAGGAAGCGGAGGACAAGAUCCAGCAAACGAUCAAGGAGCGAUCUGAUAGAAUGCGGGACGCCCUCAACAACAAACUGAAGGAGAGCAGGGCGAAGAUGGAAGAGGAGUUCAAGAAGAAGGAGGACGACCUCAGACUUUAUUUUCAACAGGAGAAGCUCAUCUGGCAGGCGGAGAAUGCGGGAGAGAAGCAUGCGGCAUCUUCCCAACCACCUGCAACACCAGCCAAAACCGAAGUGCAGCAACAGCCUGCCGCAGCGCCUCCUACAGCGAACACGGCCCCGGGCGUGGCCGCAGACCUUUCUCAGCUCGACGAUGCCAGCAUACGGCAGUUCCUGUCCACCAACACGGUCGUUAAGAACAUCAUUGCUGCCAACAUAAAGAAGAAGAUGGAGGCGGAAAGCAGUAGAAUCAAGUCUGAGUUUGAAGCCAAAAUCACGUCAGCUCGGGAGCAGGCCCAGCUGAUGGAGUCUAAGAAAUCCACGCUCCGCAUCAACAUGGCCGAGAACAAGCUGAAAUCGGCCGUGGCCAAGUUGGGUGUCGUGGAGACUGCGGCAAACGAGACGCCUCAGAAGCCAGUUGUGGAAGUUUGGGAGCUUGCGAAGUCUGCACAACCGCCUCCAGCUACAGCAGCAUCUGGAACUCCAGCAAAGGGAGCAAAAGCGCCAACAACGCCCGGUUCGGGUGCCGCGACGCCUGCCGCAGCUCCCGCAGCCACUCAACAGGCGGCGCAAGCAUCGACUCCGGCAGCGAAGCCAGCUGGUGCUGCUCUUCCACCGAAGCCGAGCAAUAACCCAUUUGUCGUUCCGGCAGAUGCGGCCAAGUCUGGUACGCCCAAUCCCUUUGCCGUGAAGAUGGAGCCAGCAGCAGCUUCUUCAGAGAGGCAGCCACAACAAGCCGCGCAGGCUCAACAGCAGGCGCAGACCCGAUCUGGCAUUCCCAUGCCCCGAGGGGGUGGUCGCGGAAGAGGAGGAGGAGGUGCAUACGUCCCCCCUGGGCAGCGUGGCGCUGGUGGUCACCAAGAUGGGGGCGCGGUCGGUCAAGGCGGACGUGGCAGAGGAGGUCACAGAGGAGGCCGAGGAGGGAUGAACCCGGGGGCUGUGGACUUUCAACCUGGAACCAAGCGGCCUAGAGGUGAUUCUGAGGCCGGAGGCGGCGCCAAAAGAGCUCGUGGAGCACAUUGA